UUUUUGUUAAAGUUCAUAACGGCAUGACGAAAAAGUCUACGUUACGAUACCGAAUAGCUCUUUCCUACCCGCGAAAGACUUUGAAUCUAGAAGACCACGAUUUCAUCAACAUGAUACAGCGGCUGAGAAACUGGUACGUUGAUGGCAUUUCCUUUGAGUAGUGGUUUGCACAGGCCACUAGUGGCAAAUGGAAACAAAUGGUGUAUGAAACGGUGUAUGAAGGCGCCAGAAGCCAAGAUGGGGUUUUCCCGCCUGUAUUACCGACUCGGAGUAGACAGAAGGUCUGAUCUUCUAGUCCUUGACAGCGCGUGCUACGGCCUAUUCUUGAGUCAACCGAAUAACUCCCUCACAGUGUAUAACGUGACCUAUGGCCCGGGAUGCAUUAAGGUUGACGCGUAUAUUUUCGUGCGGCAGUGCAAACCAAGAUAAAUAUACUUGAGAAGAUAUCAAUGGGCA